UUCCACUAUAAAUACUAAACUCAACACAUCAUGCCCUUUUUUUCGCUUCCUUCUUUCUUCUUUCCCCUUAUCUCAUCCGUCAUUUUCCGGCGGAUUCUCCCGUUCAUCGCCGCCGUCCUUUCACUGCUCAUACUUCCCGGCCUUCCUUCUUCCUUCUUUCAGAAUACUGUGGAUGUGAAAUGGAGGCCACUAAAGAGCAUGGACUCCGAGAUGUGGCCUCUCAUUGCUCAAUUCCUGAGAUUGAUGAUUUUGACCUGGCAAAGCUUCUUGACAAACCAAGGAUAAACAUUGAGAGACAAAGAUCGUUUGAUGAAAGGUCUCUGAGUGAGUUAUCAAUUGGUUUGUCUAGAGGCCUUGAUAACUAUGAGACUGGUUAUUCGCCUGGAGGAAGAUCGGGAUUCGAUACCCCAGCUUCGUCGACUCGAAACUCUUUUGAGCCCCAUCCUAUGGUUGCUGAAGCCUGGGAAGCCCUCCGUCGAUCUUUGGUAUAUUUCCGUAGUCAACCUGUUGGCACGAUUGCUGCUUAUGAUCAUGCUUCAGAGGAGGUCCUUAACUAUGAUCAGGUUUUUGUGAGAGAUUUUGUGCCCAGUGCUCUUGCUUUUCUGAUGAAUGGUGAACCUGACAUAGUCAAGAACUUCCUAUUAAAGACCCUCCAGCUCCAAGGAUGGGAGAAGACUGUAGACAGAUUUAAGCUCGGUGAGGGGGUGAUGCCAGCUAGUUUCAAAGUACUUCAUGAUCCUGUUCGGAAAACAGAUACCAUUGUGGCGGAUUUUGGUGAGAGUGCUAUUGGAAGAGUUGCUCCAGUUGACUCAGGAUUUUGGUGGAUUAUCCUGCUUCGUGCGUAUACAAAGUCAACAGGAGAUUUGACUCUGGCAGAGUCACCUGAGUGCCAAAAAGGAAUGAGGCUCAUAUUGUCUUUGUGCUUGUCAGAGGGAUUUGAUACAUUUCCAACUUUGCUUUGUGCUGACGGGUGCUCUAUGAUCGAUCGCAGAAUGGGUGUCUAUGGCUAUCCUAUCGAAAUUCAAGCCCUUUUCUUCAUGGCAUUGCGGUCUGCUCUUCAAAUGCUGAAGCAUGAUGCGGAAGGGAAAGAAUUUGUAGAGAAAAUAGUGAAGCGUUUGCAUGCCUUAAGUUAUCAUAUGAGAAGCUAUUUCUGGAUUGACUUUCAACAAUUGAAUGAUAUAUACCGCUACAAAACCGAGGAAUAUUCUCACACAGCAGUAAAUAAGUUUAAUGUUAUUCCAGAUUCCAUCCCAGAAUGGGUUUUCGAUUUUAUGCCAAUGCGUGGUGGCUAUUUCAUUGGUAACGUCAGUCCUGCAAAGAUGGAUUUUAGGUGGUUUGCUUUAGGAAAUUGUAUUGCUAUUUUGUCUUCAUUGGCGACUCCUGAGCAAUCAGCUGCUAUUAUGGAUCUCAUUGAAGAACGAUGGGAGGAGCUAGUUGGAGAGAUGCCUCUGAAGAUAUGCUAUCCUGCAAUUGAAAGCCAUGAAUGGCGAAUUGUAACAGGAUGUGAUCCGAAGAAUACCAGAUGGAGCUACCACAAUGGAGGAUCAUGGCCAGUGCUUCUAUGGUUGGUAACGGCUGCCUGCAUCAAGACGGGUCGGCCACAAAUUGCAAGACGGGCGAUCGAUCUUGCAGAAAGUCGACUGUUGAAAGACAGCUGGCCUGAAUAUUAUGAUGGAAAACUGGGAAGAUAUAUUGGGAAACAAGCAAGGAAAUAUCAGACUUGGUCAAUUGCUGGAUAUUUGGUGGCAAAGAUGAUGUUAGAGGACCCAUCACAUUUGGGCAUGAUUUCUCUUGAAGAGGACAAGAAAAUGAAGCCUGUUCUCAAGAGAUCUGCUUCUUGGACUUGUUGAGAGAAACGAUCCGAUCCUUAGCACUUGUAGGAAGAAAGCGGGGGUGAACAAAUCCCUGCUGUUUCCCAAAUCAAUCUCAUCGGCAACUUCCUUCUGUUUGUGUGUUUGAUCUUUCCUUCUUUUUUGUAUUAUAUCAUGUCGAGAUUAUUAUCUUAUUUUCUCCAAUAAAGGGACACAUUUUGAUGUGAA